AUGGCUUCUAUCAGGGCAAACUGCAGGAAGAUCGUCUGCAUAGGCCGGAAUUAUGCUGACCACAUCGCCGAACUGAACAACUCCAAGCCGAAACAGCCAUUCUUCUUCCUCAAGCCUCCUUCGUCUAUCCUCAUACCAGGCGCCGGCCCCGUCCUUCGGCCCAAGGGCGUCAAACUCCAUUAUGAAGUUGAGCUAGGCUUGGUCAUGGGCUCCAGACUGCGAGACCAUGACCCAAAGGAUGUCAAAGGCGCUUUAAACUCUAUCGCAGGCUACGUCGUUGCAAUUGAUAUGACGGCUCGAAAUGUGCAGGAUUCAGCCAAACGCGCCGGCCUGCCGUGGUCAAUCGCAAAGGGCUUCGAUACCUUCUCGCCCAUCAGCUCACUUAUCUCGAAAUCAGCCAUUCCGGACCCGCAUAAUGCCACUCUCCAUCUUGAAGUUGAUGGUGUGUCGAAGCAACUGGAUAACACUGGGCUGAUGAUCUAUAAGAUACCGCGCCAGCUUGCUGAUAUCUCACGGGUGAUGACCUUGGAUCCCGGCGACUUGGUCCUGACCGGUACGCCCAAGGGUGUAGGGGAGGUGACUAACGGUCAGGUCAUGACGGCUGGUAUUAGAGUUGACGGGAAGGAGAUCGAAGAAGGGCGGCUCGAGGUCAUGGUCAAGGACCGAGAAGGACGAUACGAGUUUGCGGAGAACUAG